AAUAGCAAUGCCUGAAUACCUGUGCAAUAGUUAUAUAUUUGUACAGUAAUACUGAUAUACCUGUUAAGUGUUGGGCCAGUCGUCAGUCGAUUGAGGGCUUGACUUAUAUAUUAUUCCCAUGUAUUCAUUGGCAGAAUGACUGAAAUGUCUACUUUUUCUUACGGUGUUUACUAUUAAAACUUAUUAUACGCUCACAAAUGGUCGCUCUCCUCAUGUUUUCAAAAGAUUUGUGAUUAAUUCAGUCAAACAUUUCUUAAAAUAUGUGUUAUUAGAUAAGUCUGGAAAUUAGGUUCAAUUAACACGUUUAUUGUUUUCAUUAACUAUUAUUUAGCAGUAGUUUUUUGUGUGCGGUUUUAUGUUUGAUAAUAAAUGAAUUGUACUGAAAAUUUAUAUGCAAUCUAAUAGCCUAUCGACACCACAAACAACAACUCCUGACGAUAUAAGAGUGCGAGAGUCGGUCCCAAACAGCUCUUCACUGGCAACAAGUCGUGAAAGUGUGGGAACACAACUCAUUGGCACCACUGAGACCAUCGAUGAGACCAUGUCUAGUGUAGACCCGGGUAUUCUGUGUUUCCAACACUGCAACCCUAAGUCCAAAGUGUUUUGCCUCGAAUUACCCGACUAUUGUCCGCAAUGCGAUUCUCCCAUGAGUUGUAUUGAGUUAAAAAUCCCACCGUUUUGUGUGCCCUUUCCCUUCAUUUGUGCCAAACGGACUCAAUGUUCGGUCAUUAUUAGGCCCACCGAUGGAGACUUCUUGCAUCACUACCAGAAUGCGGCUGAUCUUCACAUUGGUUUGACGGACUCGAAGGGAGACGUCUAUGAGUUUGACAAAUACGGUCUUCAGUCGGCGAACCGGAGUUCGUCGUGGAAUCAUUGA